AUGGGUCUGUUGCCGGUGGAGUUGGCUUUUCUGGUACUGUUGACAGGAUCACAGGAGAUGUCUGCAACGUGCAUGGAACGAGAAGAGCAUAUACAACGCUAUUUAAUUUCAUCGCAGCCGCCAUAUGAUAACUACUAUAAUAUUUCUAAGGCUGUUUAUCCGUCUGUGGAUUUGCCGUCUUUGCUGAUCAAGAUCACCGUUACCUUCCUACGUGGUAGCGACAAUCUCACUCAUUUAGCCGGAUCGUCCGAAUCUCCGAUCAAUGGUAGUACUUCCAGUAUCUCACAGACAGGGGAAAAUGUCCUCGAAACUAUAGAAACGAAGAUCACGACACACAAGUUCACGUGGAGUGCAUCCUGUUUGUAUGUUAGUGGAGGAAACAUAAGCUUGGCUUCCAUGAAUGCGUUUUCUUUGUGGGCUAUUUAUCCAAACAGACGAGAAAGACAGCUGCACUUAACAUUGCCACAGUUCUGCAGGGGAUUUUCUGCUGACACCAUGAUCUACUUCCUUUCUACGGUAGGACUUUUAGCCAUUUCAUUAUUAUUGUUAACUUAUCAUCAUCAUCAUCAUCAUCAUCAUCAUCAUCAUCAUCAUCAUCAUCAUCAUCAUCAUCAUCAUUCUCAUUCUCAUCCUCAUCAUCAUCCUCAUCCUCAUCAGCAUCAUCAUCAUCAAGGGUGGAAGGAACAUACUGAGGUGCAAUCAAGGAAGUAGUGAUUACCCCUUUUGUUGUAACUGAUUUUCUUCUGCAUUUCCCUGAAGUGUUCUGCUGGAGAUGGUGAUUUUUCUCAAAAACAGCUGAUACAGAUAUAGCUUACACUUCCAAGUUUUUCAGUUCAUAAUUAAAAAUUAGUGGACGUGGUUGAGCAAAAUAUCGUGAUUUGUCAGUGGUGAGCAGAUCAAUAGACCAUUUUACUGUUAUGAGCUAAGUACCCUAGCCUCUGAGUGAAUGUGAGGCUGAGGUUGACCUUGUUUUGAUACAAACCUCUUUUCUUUUGUUAUGAAAAUUGUGCUAAAAAUACUAGUUAGCAAAAGAACAACUUUGAUAAACACAAUAAAGGUGGAAGGGUUGUAUCAAAACAAGGUCAACUCCAGCCUCGUUUCCACCUGUACUGUAACUGUAAAAUGGACUGUUAUUUGCCGAAAACCAAAGGCUGAGUCAAAUAAUUGAUCUGCUAGACACUGACAAAUUGUGAUAUUUUUCAAUAACCGAGUUCAAUAAUAUUGUUUUAUCAUUCAGUGACCAAGUUUGUUGUUUGAUAAAUAUCUUUGGAAAGCUGCCAUUUUCACGAAAAAGGGAUCGCAAAAGGGAGAAAAGGGUGGUUUUUUUCAUGCAUGAGCAAAGUAUUAUUUGCAGCCAAACACAGUAGGAUGACACAAUUGCGCAUGAGCAGACCUUAUUUGUAGGUAGUUAUUCACAGGUCACGUGGUGGGCUUUCAGCCAAUGAAAAGGAAGAAAAUUUGCUUCGAAUGAUAAUGAAAAGUAUUAUGCAUUUUCAAAUCAUAAAUUUGUCUCAGUAAAUGCCUUUAAAAAAAAAGGUUACUAAAAUAUUAGUGGCACUGGUGUCCUUUGUCUGGGAACAUAGAAUAUUGAGCCUCUCCAUGUGUACCAAUGGAUGUUGUUUUCAUGGCACGGCCAAUCAGAAGCAGUUUUCCGAGAUCUGGGUUAUGACAUGUCAUCAGUAAGAAAUUUCUGUUGUUGUUCCUCAGAUGUCAUUUCACAAAUCUCUCUAAAUAAUAUCAUUAUGAAAUUCCUUAUUUUUUAUAUGGUGCAUUUACAAAGCUCAAUGGUAGUAGGGAAACUGUGGAGGUCAUUGUUUAUUUUUCUCCAUAACAUAUUAUUUUGUGAGCAGAAAUUAUCAUGGGCUUUUCCAGUCCCUGCAUUGGCACUCCUGGUGGUUUUGAGCAGUAACUGUGGCAGUAACAGUAGCCAUGCCGACAUCAAUAGCAUAGGUAGUGGCAUUCAACCUCAUUCUCAGUGUUCUCUUCUGCAGUCAAACCUCGCUUUAUAUAUGGGCACCCACUUAAUAUGGACACCGCGAUAUUACAAACAGUUUUCUAAUUGUCUCUGGGGAAAGAAAGCCCUUACAUCUUUUCUAAAUUCAACCCACAUUAUACGGACACCCCGUCAAUACGAACACUUUCUAUAGCCCCUCUCUGUCCAUAUUAAUGGUGUUUGACUGUACUGGUAGCCCAAAGUGCAAGGGAGAGAUGGUCUUUCUCACACACACACACACACACACACACUCCAGGGGAUGAUUGGGAGAGAACCAGAGAAUACUGGGAAUGAAGUUAUGUAGCAGCAACAGCAGACGUGCUGCAGUAUCAGCAGUAGUAGUGGCAGCAAUACAGUUACAGUAGAUGAGUAGAAGCAGGGGCAGCAGUAGCCGUGCUUUUCGUAUCAUUAGUAGCAGCAGCAAAUUAUGGCAACGAUUAGUAGCAGCAGCAUUAGCAAUAGUACUACAUACCCAGUAGCAACAGCAAUAGCAGCACAGUGGGAAGAAGAACAGCCACUGCAGCGGAAGCAGCAGUAGUAAUAGUAGUUGUCAUCGUCUUGGAUUUGUCGUUUUUUAUGCUAUUUUAGGCAACUUUUUGAGAGUGUUUUGUUUUAGUAGUUCUGUUCUUGCUUUGAUUUGUAGUUGCAGGACAUAGCAAUAUCACCAAAUAUUCCUGAUCCAAGUCUGAACACAGUAGAGUGUGUUACCAUGGGUCAUGGAAAAGCUCCAGCUUUUUCUGAUUGGAAGAACCUGCUUCAUAAAGUGUGUUGGUACAUUCUGUCGAUUAGUUUGAUAUUCAGUCAAGUUGCUUCACAGUGGCUUAUAGUGCAGCUAAAAGAGUGGAACAAGAAAAAAAAUUACAGCAAAGUUGCAGCAGUAAUGUUGUUAUCUUUAGUUGUUUUUAUUUCGGGUUUCUACUUAAUUAAUUAUGCCUGGAAAUGUUCCGGCACCACUCAGAAAUAUGCACGGGUAUUCUUUAUAUGUGUGAUGGUUGUAUUGGCUCGGAGGGUAGUUUGGUGUUUGGGGCGUAUCUGUUAUAGCGAUGAGGCUAAUAUUAAUUUUAAAACGUUAUGCUGGUUUAGCUUGACCAAGGGCCAUGAGAAUGACCCAAGCACAAAUGUUAUUUCUUUCUUCAUUCUUUACCCAGCAAUAUUCAUGGCUUGCCAUCAUUUACUGUGGAUAUUGCUAGGCGUUAUAACAGAACCAUUUUGGGGUAUUUCAGUUUUAGUGGCUGUCAUUUCUGUUUCUGCUGUUCUCAUUUUCUUUUCAUGUGAUUUCUACGAAUUUUAUCUUUCUCACGAAUGUACUUGCAGGCCUUGGUGUGAUAAAUGUUCUGGUCGUAGAGGAUGUCGAUGUGUGUAUUGGUUUCCGUUUUCGAUGUCUUUAAUUCUUGUUCUAGGAAGUUGCGCUGCAUUUGUACUGUUAAUAAUUGUUCUGUUAGUAGUUGCACAGUCAUUCCUUAGUGAGAGCCUUGUUUCCACGUUAGUUCAAAAUGGUUUGGUGUUUUUCUCAAUUUUGUGGCUUGGAUAUCUGAAGCUACAUUAA